GUGAAAAUGAGAGAAAGGGUAUACUGCUGUGUCAUUGCUGCGAUGCUUGUGGCAACUGCCUGGGCUGCACCCCAUGAUGGCCAUGACCACAGUGAACAUUCGGUCGACCACCACCACCAUCUUCACCAUGGGAAAGAUGAACCCCACCCCAGUCAUGAGGGCAAUGAUGCCUGCCAUCUACUUGCUCCACACAAUGCUGAUUUUGCCUUUGCUCUCUACAAGAAAUUAGCUCUCCUCCCCGAAGCCCAGGGCAAGAACAUUUUCUUCUCUCCUGUUGGUAUCGCUAUGGCUUUGAGCAUGCUGGCUGUGGGUGCCAAGAGUGACACUCAUUCCCAGAUAUAUAACAGUCUGGGUUACAGCAAUUUGCAGCCUCAACAAGUCAAUGAGGGUUAUGAGCACUUGCUCCACAUGCUUGGACACAGCCAGGAUGCUAUGCAGCUGGAGGCUGGUGCUGGUGUGGCCAUUAGAGAAGACUUCAAAGCGAUUGAUAAAUUCCUUAAGGACAUUCACCAUUACUAUAGCAGUGAAGCCUUCAGUGUUGAUUUCUCCAAGCCUGACACUGCAGCACAAGAGAUUAACAAGUUUAUUGCCAAGAAAACCCAUGACAAGAUAACUGAUAUGGUGAAGGACUUGGACCCAAGCUUGGUGAUGAUGCUGAUUAACUACAUGUACUUCAGAGGAAAAUGGGACAAGCCAUUUGACGUAAAGCAGACACACAGAGCUAAUUUCCAUGUGGACAAGGACACCACAGUAGAAGUAGACAUGAUGAAGAGAACAGGGCGCUAUGACAUCUAUCAGGACCAUGACAACCACACCACAGUCUUGAUGGUACCCUACAAAGGCAAUACUUCUAUGAUGAUCAUUCUUCCUGAUGAAGGCAAGAUAAAGGAGGUGGAGGACUCCAUCUGCAGACACCAUCUAAAGAACUGGCAUGAAAAACUCUUCCGAAGCUCUGUGGACCUGUUCAUGCCCAAAUUCUCCAUCUCUGCAACAUUCAAUCUGAAAGAGACUUUGGAGGGAAUGGGAAUAGUUGAUGCGUUCAGUGACAAAGCAGAUUUCUCUGGAAUUACAGAGGAGGUCAAAGUCAAGGCAUCACAGGUUGUCCAUCAAGCAGUUCUCAGUGUUGAUGAGAAAGGCACUGAGGCAGCAGCUGUAACUACAAUAGAAAUAAUGCCAAUGUCCCUGCCAGACACUGUGACCCUCAACCGGCCUUUCCUGGUGUUGAUUGUAGAAGAUAGCACCAAGAGUAUCCUCUUCAUGGGCAAGAUCUACAAUCCAGCAAAGUGA